UCAGCCCACUUAAAGCCCAAAGGCCCAACAGCCCAAUAGCCCUUGUUAGACUACAUUCUCCCUCUUAUUCUUCUCUAAUAUUCCAAAGAAAUGGCUGCAAUUGAAGGGCAGCUGAAAGAAGAGACGACAGAGCCAAUGAACAUCGUAUCAAAGGAUACAAUUGAAGAGGGAAAGGGGAAAGAGGCCCAGAUCAAAGAUAAGUCGAAAGAGGCAAUGUCGGCAUCGACCGAGAUCGAACCCAAGACGGGUGUUUCCUUUCCCACCAAACUCGAAGACAGGAAGCAGCUGAAUGCGGUUGGCUUGAGGAAGAAGAGCAUUCUUGGACUGGGUCUCAAGAUCUACAGCUUCGGGAUAUACGCUGACAAUGUGAAACUAAAGGAGCUAUUGAGAUUGAAGAUUGGGAAGUCGUUGGAAAAACCAACAAAGGAGAUGUACGAGCUUGUGAUAAACAGCGAUGUGGGGAUGAUGGUGAGAUUGGUCCUCGUCUUCAGCGGCCUCACCAUGAGUAUGGUUAGGAAGAACUUCGACGAAACACUGGGAGCAUCCCUUAAGAAGCUAACAGGGGGUCAAAAGAACAACGAACUUGUGAACAAGGUUAUGGGAGCAGCAACUGAUAAUAUCAAGCUAUCAAGUGGGUCUGUGAUUGAGAUAACCAGGUUUCCUGGGUUUAUUCUUCAGGCAAAGGUGAAGGAAGAGAUAGUGAGCAAGGUGGAGAGUGAGCUGCUGUGCAGGGCCUAUUUUGACAUGUACUUGGGAGAUGAUCCUUUUGAUAAGGAAGCCAAAGAAAAUUUUGGAAUGUCCCUCCUCUCCCUUCUCUAAUUAUCUCUCUACAUUGGAAAUUGCAAACAUCUGUGAUAUUUUGAAUUUCAUUUCAUCCUUGUUAUGGUUUGACAUAUUUACUUGUAAUUGUGUCUAAAAAGCCAUGAAUUUUAGACUCUCUCUCUCUAUCAUAUACAUAGUUAUUGAUUUCAAAAUAAAAAAUAUCAACAAUCUUUCCAGCA